AUGGGGCUAUUACAGCGAAUCAGUGGUGCUGAUGAGAGGGAUGCGAAUAGGCUACCACUUUAAUAACGUUGCCUGGAUCAGUGCAGGCCACGCCCCGUGCUUGUUAAAAGACCAGAGAGCUGCCAGUGAAGCAAAGCGCUCCGCAAGCUCAUGCUUCAAAAAUCUCUCCUCCUGCAUCUCUCGCUACAACAGCUGACCGACCGUCUGGAGCCGGAUCCGCUCGGGAAUACUCUCACAUUUCAAUUCUAAAGAACUGCAUGGACAAAUUAGCAUAAACGUUAUAGUGACAUAUGUGUUUUUCUGGUCUAUUUGAAGUAAACAAACUCUCCAACAUUUACAUAACCUAAUUUACAUUUUUAUUUUGAUCGAAACGGAUCUUAUUUCAAGCACAAAAGCUUGAAAUUAUCAUUCUUGUAAACGCUCAACUUGCCCAUCUAAAAAAAGAGUGUCUGCAUUGAUAUGCAUAUGAUAGAUAAGACUAAAUAGUGUAAGGGAAUAAGUAAGUUAUAGGUUUCCCAAAAAAAAUCCCCUUUGCCUUUUUUGAGGCACAUCCGAUUUCUUUCUCACAAUGGCCGAUGUUAGCGCAGAAUGUAACAUCAAGGUGCUAUGUCGCUUCCGUCCUCUAAAUCAGUCCGAAAUAAUUCGUGGAGACAAAUUCAUCCCCUCAUUCCAAGCUGAUGACACCGUCAGCAUAGCGGGGAAGUCCUAUGUGUUUGACCGGGUGUUCCCCACCAACACAACACAGGAACAGGUGUACAACACCUGCGCCAAGCAGAUAGUCAAAGAUGUUCUGGGGGGAUACAAUGGCACAAUAUUCGCCUACGGACAGACCUCCUCUGGAAAGACUCACACUAUGGAGGGCAAGCUUCAUGACCCACAUGGGAUGGGGAUCAUCCCCAGAAUUGCAGAGGACAUCUUCAAUCACAUAUUCGCCAUGGAUGAAAACCUGGAGUUCCACAUUAAGGUGUCCUAUUUUGAAAUUUACAUGGACAAAAUCCGGGACCUUCUGGAUGUGACGAAGACUAACCUGGCAGUACAUGAGGACAAGCACAGGGUUCCCUAUGUGAAGGGCUGCACUGAGCGUUUUGUCUCCUGCCCAGAAGAGGUGAUGGAUGUUAUUGAUGAGGGAAAAGCCAACCGCCAUGUAGCUGUCACCAAUAUGAAUGAACACAGCUCCAGGAGUCACAGUAUCUUCCUGAUCAACAUUAAACAGGAACACGUGGAGACAGAGCAGAAACUGUGUGGGAAGCUCUACCUAGUGGAUCUGGCUGGGAGUGAGAAGGUCAGUAAGACAGGAGCAGAGGGAGCUGUGUUGGAGGAAGCUAAGAACAUUAACAAGUCACUGUCUUCCCUGGGCAACGUCAUCUCUGCUCUGGCCGAAGGAAAUAAGACCCAUGUCCCGUACCGUGACAGUAAGAUGACCCGUAUCCUGCAGGACUCUCUAGGGGGAAACUGUAGAACCACCAUGUUCAUCUGCUGCUCUCCAUCCAGCUACAACGACCAGGAGACCAAGUCAACACUCAUGUUCGGACAACGAGCUAAGACCAUCAGGAACAAGGCCUCAGUCAACCUGGAGCUGACGGCAGAACAGUGGAAGAAGAAGUACGAGAAGGAGAAGGAGAAGAACAAGGUGAUGAAGGAGACGGUCCAGAGACUGGAGGCUGAGCUGAACCAAUGGAGAAACGGGGAGGCCUCCCACGGAACAGGCACGUCAAGUAACAGUUCCUCUUCCAGUCUGAGUCGACUCCCCAGAGAAGACAGUUCCUCUUCCAUUGUGAUCAGGAUUUCAGAGGAGGAGAGACAGAAGUAUGAGGAGGAAAUACGCAAACUCUACAAACAGCUGGAUGACAAGGACGAUGAGAUCAACCAGCAGAGUCAGCUGGUAGAGAAGCUGAAGGAACAGAUGCUGGACCAGGAAGAGCUCCUUGCCUUGUCCCGUGGGGACAGUGAGAAGGUGUCUGGGGACCUUGGCAGGCUGCAGAUGGAGAGUGAGGUUGCCAAGGCAGAGGUCAGGGAGGUUCUGCAGGCCUUGGAGGAGCUGGCUGUUAACUACGAUCAGAAGAGCCAGGAGGUGGAGGACAAGAGUCUGCAGAACAAACUACUGGCUGAGGAACUGGCCAAGAAAAUGGCCCACCUGAUGCGUAUCGAGGAGGACUUGUGUCAUCUACAGGAAGUGAGUGUUCAUCAGAGGAAACGCAUUGCUGAGGUUCUCAACGGCCUGAUGAGGGACCUUUCUGAGUUCAGUGCUAUCGUGGGCAACAAGGACAUCAAACUGCCGAUGGAGAUAACGGGGGCGAUCGAGGAGGAGUUUACAGUAGCUCGUCUCUACAUCAGUAAGAUCAAGUCAGAGGUCAAGUCCAUGGUGAAACGCUGUCGUCAGCUAGAGAACCUUCAGAUGGAGUUUCAUAGGAAGAUGGAGGAGACUGGAAGAGAGCUGUCCUCUUGCCAACUACUCAUCUCACAGCAUGAGGUGAAGAUCCGUUCCCUGACAGAGUACAUUCAGAACGUAGAGCAGAAGAAGAGCCAGCUGGAGGAGAACGUUGACUCUCUGAGUGAAGAACUGGACAAACUGCAGGCUCAAGAGAGCAUGUCAGCAGGGACAAAGGGAGAGAAUCAGACAGACGUUGAGGAGUCUGCUAAUGUCAAGAUGGAGGCUCACCGUGAGACCCACCACAAGCAGCUGGGACGUCUCAGAGACGACAUCAACGAGAAACAGAAGAUCAUUGACGACCUCACUGAUCAUAACUGUCGUCUUCAUCUGGAGUUGGAGCAUCUGAGGAGCGACUUUGACCGUCUCAUGAGACAGGAGCACCAGAAGAGUCUGCAACUGGAGGAGCUGACAUUUCUUCAUGAACGCCACGAGCAGUCUAAGCAGGACCUUAAAGGGCUGGAGGAGACUGUUGCUCGUGAACUCCAGACUCUCCACAACCUGAGGAAGCUUUUUGUUCAAGACCUCACGAUUCGAGUCAAAAGACAUUCAGAGAUGGAGCGAGAUGAGAGCGGGGGAUCUAGCCACCAAAAGCAGAAGAUUUCCUUCCUUGAGAACAACCUGGACCAGCUUACAAAGGUUCACAAACAGUUGGUACGUGACAACGCAGACCUGCGUUGUGAGCUUCCGAAGCUUGAGAAGCGUCUUCGGUCUACGGCUGAGAGAGUGCGGGCGUUGGAGGGUGCACUGAAGGAGGCCAAGGAGGGGGCUAUGAAGGACCGGAGACGCUAUCAACAGGAAGUAGAGAGGAUCAAAGACGCUAUGAGGGUCAAGAACCCCCUACGCAGGCCGCACGCCGCUCAGAUAGCCAAGCCAGUCCGUCCGGGCCAGUUCCCGCUCUGCUCUCCCACCAACCCCUGGGUCCGUAUUACUGAACAGCAACACUCCAUCCAUUUUAGUAAUGCCAUGUUCCAGAUGCCCAGUCUGACCCCCAGCCAGAUAGCCAGUCAUCAUGCUGCAUCCCCAGCAACAGCCCAUUACUUCAAACCCUCCCAGAGCAAGGACCAGUCCAACAAUCACAACUCCACUAAGUCCAACAUGCCCCAGACCAACAAGCUGCCAGAUGAGCCAAUCAACAGCCCCACAGAGGACAACAGCCCCACAGAGGACAACAGCCCCACAGAGGUCAACAGCCCCAGAGAGGACAACAGCCCCACAGAGGACAACAGCCCCACAGAGGACAAUACUAUAGUGCAGAACACUACGGAGAAGGACACUACAGAGAAGGACACUACAGAGAAGAACACUACAUUGAAGAACACUACAGAGAAGGACACUAGAGAGAAGGACACUACAGAGAAGGACACUACAGAGAAGGACACUACAUUGAAGAACACUACAGAGAAGGACACUACAUUGAAGGACACUAGAGAGAAGGACACUACAUUGAAGAACACUACAGAGAAGGACACUACAGAGAAGGACGCUACAGAGAAGGACACUACAGAGAAGGACACUACAUUGAAGAACACUACAGAGAAGGACACUACAUUGAAGGACACUAGAAAGAAUGACACUACAUUGAAGGACACUAGAGAGAAGGACACUACAUUGAAGAACACUACAGAGAAGGGCACUACAGAGAAGAACACUACAGAGAAGGACACUACAGAGAAGGACACUACAGAGAAGAACACUACAUUGAAGAACACUACAUUGAAGAACACUAGAGAGAAGGACACUAGAGAGAAGGACACUACAUUGAAGAACACUACAGAGAAGGACACUACAUUGAAGAACAAUACAGAGAAGGACACUACAGAGAAGGACACUACAGAAGGACACUACAUUGAAGGACACUACAUUGAAGGACACUACAUUGAAGGACACUACAGAGAAGGACACUACAGAGAAGGACACUACAGAGAAGGACACUACUGAGAAGGACACUACAGAGAAGGACACUACAGAGAAGGACACUACAGAGAAGGACACUACAUUGAAGGACACUACAUUGAAGGACACUACAUUGAAGGACACUACAGAGAAGGACACUACAGAGAAGGACACUACAGAGAAGGACACUACAGAGAAGGACACUACAGAGAAGGACACUACAUUGAAGAACACUACAUUGAAGAACAAUACAGAGAAGGACACUACAGAGAAGGACACUAGAGAGAAGGACACUACAGAGAAGGACACUACAGAGAAGGACACUACAGAGAAGGACACUACUGCCAGCUCUACAGGGAUGCUGGAUGUGGACACCUUCAACGGGAACGCCACAGAUAUCAAUUACAACAGCUUGUCUCUGAGUGUCCACUCUGCUGCUGUGUCCAGGAGGGAUGUGCAGCACUGCGACAACCAGAACCAGGACAGCACAGCCAGGCUGUACCACGUCAUCCAACCAGAACCAGGACAGCCCAGCCAGGCUGCACCACGUCAUCCAACCAGAACCAGGACAGCCCAGCCAGGCUGCGCCACGUCAUCCAACCAGAACCAGGACAGCCCAGCCAGGCUGCACCACGUCAUCCAACCAGAACAGGCUACCAGCUAGUGACCCAGCUCCUCACGUGUCCGGUUCUGCCAAGACCGCCCUCAUAAAUCUGCAUGCUGCUGAUCAGUGACCUUCUGAUCUCCCUCUCCUCCCCCCUCUUUCCCAGUAAGACGGUCUCUCUCCCUCUCCUCCCCUCUUUCCCAGUAAGACCAUCUCUCUCCCUCUCCUGGCCCCUUUCCCAGUAAGACUGUCUAUCUUCCUCUCCUGGCCCCUUUCCCAGUAAGACUGUCUCUCUCCCUCUCCUCUCCCCUCUUUCCCAGUAAGACCGUCUCUCUCCCUCUCCUGCCCCUUCUUUCCCAGUAAGACCGUCU